AUGCAGGAAGAACAGGAAGUGGGAGCAGUGGAUUCUCCUCAGAGACCAGAGCGGAGCUACAGCUUCACCCAGCAGGUGAAGCCAGUGUUGGGUUCUUCUCCUUCCUCAUCUUCAUCCUCCUCCUGCUCCUCACCAGUGACGGCUCCUCCUCCCAGACCAGUAGCAGUAGCAGCCCCUGCGUCCUGGUUGGUCGGUGAAACUGAAGCGGUCUGUGCUGUUGUAGCUCCGCCCCUUUAUUCCUACGACCCCAACGGCUCUGACCUGCCACGAGACUGCAGAGUGCUUCAGUACUACUACAACCUGGGAGUACAGUGGUACCAUCAGAGCCUGUGGCAGCAGCAGUCCUACUCUGUCCCAGAGCAGACGUACUACACCCCCCAGACCUACCUGCCCCCCCCAGAGCCCCCCCACGAGCCCCCCCACGGUGAGUCCCCCCCUCCCUCUCUCCUCCCUGUCGGUCUCCUCCUCCCUCCCUCCCUCCUCGGUCUCCCCCUCCUCGGUCUCCCCCUCCCUCUCUCCUCCCUGUCGGUCUCCCCCUCCCUCUCUCCUCCCUGUCGGUCUCCUCCCCCCCUCUCUCCUCCCUGUCGGUCUCCCCCUCCCUCUCUCCUCCCUGUCGGUCUCCUCCUCCCUCUCUCCUCCCUGUCGGUCUCCUCCUCCCUCUCUCCUCCCUGUCGGUCUCCCCCUCCCUCUCUCCUCCCUGUCGGUCUCCUCCCCCCUCUCUCCUCCCUGUCGGUCUCCUCCCCCUCUCUCCUCCCUGUCGGUCUCCCCCUCCCUCUCUCCUCCCUGUCGGUCUCCUCCCCCCUCUCUCCUCCCUGUCGGUCUCCUCCCCCCUCUCUCCUCCCUGUCGGUCUCCCCCUCCCUCUCUCCUCCCUGUCGGUCUCCUCCCCCUCUCUCCUCCCUGUCGGUCUCUCCUCCCUGUCGGUCUCCCCCUCCCUCUCUCCUCCCUCUCUCCUCCCUGUCGGUCUCCCCCCUCCCUCUCUCCUCCCUGUCGGUCUCCUCCUCCCUCUCUCCUCCCUGUCGGUCUCCUCCUCCCUCUCUCCUCCCUGUCGGUCUCCCCCUCCCUCCCCUCCUCCCUGUCGGUCUCCCCCUCCCUCUCUCCUCCCUGUCGGUCUCCCCCUCCCUCUCUCCUCCCUGUCGGUCUCCUCCUCCCUGUCGGUCUCCUCCUCCCUCUCUCCUCCCUGUCGGUCUCCCCCUCCCUCCCUCCUCCCUGUCGGUCUCCCCCUCCCUCUCCUCCUCCCUGUCGGUCUCCCCCUCCCUCCUCCUCCCUGUCGGUCUCCCCCUCCCUCCCUCCUCCCUGUCGGUCUCCUCCUCCCUCCCUCCUCCCUGUCGGUCUCCUCCUCCCUCUCCUCCCUCGGUCUCCUCCUCCCUCUCUCCUCCCUGUCGGUCUCCCCCUCCCUCCCUCCUCCCUGUCGGUCUCCCCCUCCCUCCCUCCUCCCUGUCGGUCUCCCCCUCCCUCCCUCCUCCCUGUCGGUCCUCCCUCCCUCUCUCCUCGGUCUCCUCCUCCCUCUCUCCUCCCUGUCGGUCUCCCCCUCCCUCUCUCCUCCCUGUCGGUCUCCCCUCCUCCCUCUCUCCUCCCUGUCGGUCUCCCCCUCCCUCUCUCCUCCCUGUCGGUCUCCCCUCCCUCUCUCCUCCCUGUCGGUCUCCCCCUCCCUCUCUCCUCGGUCUCCUCCUCCCUCUCUCCUCCCUGUCGGUCUCCCCCUCCCUCUCUCCUCCCUGUCGGUCUCCCCUCCCUCUCUCCUCCCUGUCGGUCUCCCCCUCCCUCUCUCCUCGGUCUCCUCCCCCCUCUCCUCCCUGUCGGUCUCCCCCUCCCUCCCUCCUCCCUGUCGGUCUCCCCCUCCCUCUCUCCUCCCUGUCGGUCUCCCCCUCCCUCCCUCCUCCCUGUCGGUCUCCCCCUCCCUCUCUCCUCCCUGUCGGUCUCCCCCUCCCUCUCUCCUCCCUGUCGGUCUCCUCCUCCCUCUCUCCUCCCUGUCGGUCUCCUCCUCCCUCUCUCCUCCCUGUCGGUCUCCUCCUCCCUCUCUCCUCCCUGUCGGUCUCCUCCUCCCUCUCUCCUCCCUGUCGGUCUCCUCCUCCCUCUCUCCUCCCUGUCGGUCUCCUCCUCCCUCUCUCCUCCCUGUCGGUCUCCUCCUCCCUCUCUCCUCCCUGUCGGUCUCCUCCUCCCUCUCUCCUCCCUGUCGGUCUCCUCCUCCCUCUCUCCUCCCUGUCGGUCUCCUCCUCCCUCUCUCCUCCCUGUCGGUCUCCUCCUCCCUCUCUCCUCCCUGUCGGUCUCCUCCUCCCUCUCUCCUCCCUGUCGGUCUCCUCCUCCCUCUCUCCUCCCUGUCGGUCUCCUCCUCCCUCUCUCCUCCCUGUCGGUCUCCUCCUCCCUCUCUCCUCCCUGUCGGUCUCCUCCUCCCUCUCUCCUCCCUGUCGGUCUCCCCCUCCCUCCCUCCUCCCUGUCGGUCUCCUCCCCCUCUCUCCUCCCUGUCGGUCUCCUCCUCCCUCUCUCCUCCCUGUCGGUCUCCUCCCCCCUCUCUCCUCCCUGUCGGUCUCCUCCCCCUCUCUCCUCCCUGUCGGUCUCCUCCUCCCUCUCUCCUCCCUGUCGGUCUCCUCCUCCCUCUCUCCUCCCUGUCGGUCUCCUCCUCCCUCUCUCCUCCCUGUCGGUCUCCUCCUCCCUCUCUCCUCCCUGUCGGUCUCCUCCUCCCUCUCUCCUCCCUGUCGGUCUCCUCCUCCCUCUCUCCUCCCUGUCGGUCUCCUCCUCCCUCUCUCCUCCCUGUCGGUCUCCUCCUCCCUCUCUCCUCCCUGUCGGUCUCCUCCUCCCUCUCUCCUCCCUGUCGGUCUCCUCCUCCCUCUCUCCUCCCUGUCGGUCUCCUCCUCCCUCUCUCCUCCCUGUCGGUCUCCUCCUCCCUCUCUCCUCCCUGUCGGUCUCCUCCUCCCUCUCUCCUCCCUGUCGGUCUCCUCCUCCCUCUCUCCUCCCUGUCGGUCUCCUCCUCCCUCUCUCCUCCCUGUCGGUCUCCUCCUCCCUCUCUCCUCCCUGUCGGUCUCCUCCUCCCCUCUCUCCUCCCUGUCGGUCUCCUCCCCCCUCUCUCCUCCCUGUCGGUCUCCUCCUCCCUCUCUCCUCCCUGUCGGUCUCCUCCUCCCUCUCUCCUCCCUGUCGGUCUCCUCCUCCCUCUCUCCUCCCUGUCGGUCUCCUCCCCCUCUCUCCUCCCUGUCGGUCUCCUCCCCCCUCUCUCCUCCCUGUCGGUCUCCUCCUCCCUUCGGUCUCUCCUCCCUGUCGGUCUCCUCCUCCCUCUCUCCUCCCUGUCGGUCUCCUCCCCCCUCUCUCCUCCCUGUCGGUCUCCUCCCCCCUCUCUCCUCCCUGUCGGUCCUCCUCCCCCCCCUCUCUCUCCUCCCUGUCGGUCUCCUCCUCCCUCUCUCCUCCUGUCGGUCUCCCCCCCCUCUCUCCUCCCUGUCGGUCUCCCCCUCCCUCUCUCCUCCCUGUCGGUCCCCUCCUCCCUCUCUCCUCCCUGUCGGUCUCCUCCUCCCUCUCUCCUCCCUGUCGGUCUCCCCUCCCUCUCUCCUCCCUGUCGGUCUCCCCCUCCCUCUCUCCUCCCUGUCGGUCUCCUCCUCCCUCUCUCCUCCCUGUCGGUCUCCUCCUCCCUCUCUCCUCCCUGUCGGUCUCCUCCUCCCUCUCUCCUCCCUGUCGGUCUCCUCCUCCCUCUCUCCUCCCUGUCGGUCUCCUCCUCCCUCUCUCCUCCCUGUCGGUCUCCUCCUCCCUCUCUCCUCCCUGUCGGUCUCCUCCUCCCUCUCUCCUCCCUGUCGGUCUCCUCCUCCCUCUCUCCUCCCUGUCGGUCUCCUCCUCCCUCUCUCCUCCCUGUCGGUCUCCUCCUCCCUCUCUCCUCCCUGUCGGUCUCCUCCCCCCUCUCUCCUCCCUGUCGGUCUCUCCUCCCCCCUCUCUCCUCCCUGUCGGUCUCCUCCUCCCUCUCUCCUCCCUGUCGGUCUCCUCCUCCCUCUCUCCUCCCUGUCGGUCUCCCCCUCCCUCUCUCCUCCCUGUCGGUCUCCCCCUCCCUCUCUCCUCCCUGUCGGUCUCCUCCUCCCUCUCUCCUCCCUGUCGGUCUCCCCCUCCCUCUCUCCUCCCUGUCGGUCUCCUCCCCCCUCUCUCCUCCCUGUCGGUCUCCUCCUCUCUCCUCCUGUCGGUCUCCUCCUCCCUCUCUCCUCCCUGUCGGUCUCCUCCUCCCUCUCUCCUCCCUGUCGGUCUCCUCCCCCCUCUCUCCUCCCUGUCGGUCUCCUCCCCCUCUCUCCUCCCUGUCGGUCUCCUCCUCCCUCUCUCCUCCCUGUCGGUCUCCCCUCCCUCUCUCCUCCCUGUCGGUCUCCUCCUCCCUCUCUCCUCCCUGUCGGUCUCCCCCUCCCUCUCUCCUCCCUGUCGGUCUCCCCUCCCUCUCUCCUCCCUGUCGGUCUCCUCCUCCCUCUUCUUCCUCCCUGUCGGUCCUCCUCCUCCCUCUCUCCUCCCUGUCGGUCUCCUCCUCCCUCUCUCCUCCCUGUCGGUCUCCUCCUCCCUCUCUCCUCCCUGUCGGUCUCCCCCUCCCUCUCUCCUCCCUGUCGGUCUCCCCCUCCCUCUCUCCUCCCUGUCGGUCUCCUCCUCCCUCUCUCCUCCCUGUCGGUCUCCUCCUCCCUCUCUCCUCCCUGUCGGUCUCCUCCUCCCUCUCUCCUCCCUGUCGGUCUCCCCCUCCCUCUCCUCCCUGUCGGUCUCCCCCUCCCUCUCUCCUCCCUGUCGGUCUCCUCCUCCCUCUCUCCUCCCUGUCGGUCUCCUCCUCCCUCUCUCCUCCCUGUCGGUCUCCCCCUCCCUCUCUCCUCCCUGUCGGUCUCCCCCUCCCUCUCUCCUCCCUGUCGGUCUCCCCCUCCCUCUCUCCUCCCUGUCGGUCUCCCCCUCUGAUCACAUGA